AUGGCCACUGCUGGAAAAGUUAUCAGAUGCAGAGCUGCUGUUGCCUGGGCCGUGGGCAAACCACUGUCUGUUGAGGAGGUGGAGGUUGCACCUCCAAAGGCAGGCGAAGUCCGGAUCAAGAUUGUGGCCACGGGCAUCUGUCGCACAGAUGAGCAUGUUUUGGAAGGCAGCUUUCCUAACAUGGAUUUCCCAGUUAUCCCAGGCCACGAAGGAGCUGGCAUUGUGGAAAGCGUUGGAGAAGGAGCGACUUCUGUGAAACCAGGAGACAAAGUCAUCCUCAUUCCCCUUCCUCAAUGCGGGGAAUGCAGCUUCUGCCUGAAUCCCGAAUCAAACUACUGCAUGAAGUCCCACCUCUCCAAAUCACAAUGCCUGCUGCCUGAUGGGACCAGCCGGUUCAGCUGCAAAGGGAAGCAGAUCCACCACUUCCUGUGGGUCAGCACCUUUGCAGAAUACACUGUGAUCCCGGAGUGCGUCGUUGCCAAGAUAGAUGCUGCUGCACCUCUGGACAAGGUCUGCUUGCUCGGCUGUGGGUUUUCCACAGGCUACGGGGCUGCCAUCAACACCGCCAAGGUAAAACCAGGCUCCACCUGUGCCAUCUUUGGCCUUGGAGGAGUUGGCCUCUCUGUUGUCAUGGGCUGCAAGGCGGCUGGAGCUUCCCGCAUCAUUGCCGUCGAUAUCAACAAGGACAAGUUUGCCAAGGCCAAGGAGCUGGGGGCCACUGACUGCAUCAGUCCUCACGACUUCAAGAAGCCCAUCCAGGAGGUGCUCACCGAGAUGACCGGCCAUGGUGUGGACUACUCCUUUGAGGUCAUCGGGCGUGUGGAUACCAUGGUUGCUGCCCUGGCUUCCUGCAACAUGAACACUGGUGUCUGCGUGAUGGUUGGGCUACCGCCUUCUGGUUCAAUGAUGUCUGUCGAUCCUAUGCUUCUGCUGUCUGGGCGUACGUGGAAGGGGACUCUGCUCGGAGGUUGCCACAUGAAAGAUUGUAUCCCCAAAUUCAUUUCCAGCUAUUUGGAGAAGAAAUUGAACUUAGACUUGCUGAUCACGCACACGCUGCCGAUUGCUAAAGUGAACGAGGGAUUUGAGUUGUUACGUGCAGGAAAAAGUAUUCGCAGCGUCCUGCUCUUUUGA